AUGGACUUGUUCGACACAAGGAUAAAUGAGAUCAAAUUGGAGAAAAAUGAGGAAGAGAACAAAUCGAAGUUUUGCGGGUUAGUCUCAUCUCGCAAUAGCAUUAUCAAGCCAGCCUGCGUGCCGAUUACUGUACUCUCUUUGCUCAUCAUUGCCUUGGUAUUUUUGCCGCUUUUUAACGAAGAGGAUUUGGCGUCGCCGAUCAAACUAACAACGGAAUAUGUGAAGUUUAAUACUCUGAAUUCGACAGCCGACACUUGGAUCAAAAUGAUUGAUAGCACCGAAAAGUACCUUGAUAUGUCUGUAAUGUAUUGGAACUUGAAUACUUCGGAUUAUGAGACUGCUUUUCAUGGAAAACAAGUGUAUGAAGCGCUGAUACGAGCAGCGAAACGAGGGGUGAAGGUGCGAAUUAUACAAGACGGUGACUCGAAUUUGUCGGACAACAAAGAAUCGAAAUAUCUUGCCGAUAACAAAUUGGCAGAAGUGCGAAGUAUCAACAUGACAAGGUUGUUAGGGUCGGGAAUUGUGCACACGAAAUUCCUUAUAUCGGAUAUUCGCACAAUUUAUGUUGGAUCCGCUAAUAUGGAUUGGAAGUCGUUGAGCGAGGUGAAAGAACUUGGAGUUGUCGUCGAGAACUGUCCUUGCGUGGCUGCUGACUUGUACAAAAUUUUUUCUGGUUAUUGGAAACUCGGUGCGCAUAAUUCGGUUAUUCCACACAAAUGGCCACUUUCCUAUCGUACUCCUUAUAAUUUCACACAUAUGGGACCAUUAACAUUAAACGGCGAACCGGCGAAUUAUUUCAUAUCGAGCUCACCUCAACCGUUUAAUCCGAAAGGAAGAGAGCACGAUUUGGAGGCGAUUCGAGCCGUUAUUAAACAUGCUAAAGAGACUGUUGCGAUAUCGGUAAUGGAUUAUAUUCCGACGACAUUGUACAUGAAGAAUGGAAAUAGCUUUUGGCCGGAAAUCGAUGAUGCCGUUCGAGAUGCUGCGUAUCGCGGAGUUAAUGUGAAAAUGCUGAUUUCGCAUUGGGACCAUUCACGCAAAGAAAUUAUUCCAUUUCUACGAAGUCUUCUAGCUAUUAAUGAUGCGAUGCCAUUGAGACACGGUAAACGAGGAAAUAUUGAAAUUAAAAUCUUCACAGUUCCUUCAUCGGAAAAACAAAAAACUAUUCCAUUUACACGGGUAAACCAUGCGAAGUAUAUGGUAACUGAAGAAAUUGCCUAUAUUGGAACCUCGAACUGGUCCGGUGACUAUUUUAUCACAACUGCGGGUGUUGCAAUUGUAUUUAAACAGGAUCAAUCAGCUAAAAAACUUCAAGCGAUUUUCGAUAGAGAUUGGAACUCAGAAUAUGCGAAACUUCUCUCUUAA